AAAGAGAAAAGUGAGGUUAUCGUAAAAAAUUGAAUUGAUAGGAAUUUAAAUAUAUUUAUUUUUAGCAGUUUUUAGUUCUAUACAAAACAGAAAAAAAUAUUGUUUUAGAGUUAAAAGAAAUUUACAAAGACCUAAUAAUUAUAAGGAAAUGGCAGAUCCCGAGCUUGAAGCCCUUAGGCAGCAAAGAUUAGCUCAAAUGCAAUCCCAGUAUAAAAACUCUGGCAGCGAUGCAGAUAAUCAAAAGGCUAAAGAGGAACAAGCUAGGGCCCAGGAAGAUGCUAAAAAUUCAAUUCUUUCACAAAUUUUGGAUCAAGAUGCUAGAGCCCGAUUAAAUACCUUGAUGUUAGGAAAACCUGAAAAAGGACAGAUGGUACAGAACAUGUUAAUUAGAAUGGCUCAGACCGGCCAAAUUAUGAAAAAAAUUGGAGAAAGUGAACUUAUAGGACUUCUUGAAAAUGUGAAUGCACAAACACAAAACAAAACGUCUGUUAAAUUUGAUAGGCGUAGGGCUGCUUUAGAUUCUGAUGACGAUUUUUAGUUACUCUUUGAUAUACACACUUCACUUACUUAUAACAAAUUAUAAUUUUCUUAAUUAAUACAUACAUUGUUUGCUUAAAUUAUUAAAGUUAAGUUAUUCAUU